UCGAUUAUUCAAAACCUCGAGGGGCAACAAAUUUGGGAUAACACGGGUCGGAUCAUGAUGAUAAUAUUUUGCUUUCGUUUUUCGGAAUGAACGCUACUUCCACAUAUGCAGUUACUGACAGGGAGGAUAAAGAUCGAAUAAAAUUUUUGUAUGCACCUUUCCCUGCCGAUAAAAAUGUUAAUCCCAAGCACUGGGAAAGUAAAGUUAAUUUCUGGUCGACAGAAAUUACUAAAUUAAGUAGGUUUGAUGGAAAUAUAUGCUUAAGUUAUGAAGUACUGAAGGAGAAGUUUCGUGAUCCUGACAGUAAACAAACGCCUUCAGGUUUGAUGGUGGUUCUAAGAGAACUUUACAACACUGGUCAAUUGUGUUUGAUGAGUGGCUUUUCAUAUCUUAUUGACGACAGCUGGGGACAAUGGGGAUACAACAUAGCCCACAAGUCAACAAGUUGGUUUUGGAGAAAAAUGGUUUAUGGUGGCCUUCACGAGCAAACAAAAUUUGUGAUGAAAGAAUUAUUGGAGGAGAACGCUAUUGCAUUGUUGGAUGCUCAUUACAAAACGGUGAAAUAUGAAAAAACUGACAAUAUUGUACCUUGGAACGUGAUAAAAACUGUGUAUAAAAUAAGUGGAAAAAACAUAUCAGAAGACGAUCUUAUAUGCGUUAUUGGCUAUUUAAAACGCAGUGGUAAAUGUAAAGUUGCAGUUACUGAGAAUGGAGAUAAAAUUGUGAAAUUUAAACAGAAAACUCAGAAGACUGUUGAUGUUGUUUCUGAGGCGGAUUUUGAAACAGUAAAGUUGAAAAAAGCAAUUGCCAAACUUUCAAUUGAAUGCAAGCAAAUUGACGCAGAAUGUGAAAGGUUGCAAACACAAGCACAAAAUCAUGUAAAAAACAAAGAAAAGGACAAGGCUAAAAGAGUUCUUGCAGAGAAGAAAAAAUUGACCAAAACAGCGAAUUUGAAGCACGAUGCUUUGUUUUCAAUCAAAGAACAUCUUCAUACUGUGCAAGAAUCUGAAACGAAUAAAAUGAUAACUGAUGCAUUUGAUUCGAGCGCUACUUUGCUGAAUCACGCCUACAGAAAACACGGACUAACAGUAGAUGCGGUGGAAGAAGUUAUGGAAAGAACUGCUGAGGCUAACGAAAUAAGGAACGAUGUCGAAGAAGCAAUAUCAACAGGUUUGAGGCAAUUUAACAAUGAUAUUGAUAUGGAUGAAUUAGAACGAGAACUGAAUGAGCUUGAAGUUGGCAAAUCAGAUGAUAUCGAAGAUGAAUUGUCACGACUACCAAAGGUUCCGUCAGAGAUUCCAGCGCCGAAAAUUGAGGAAGCAACUCAUUUAGCGACACAAGUUAUUCGUCCUUGCGUCGUGUAACAAUAUACAGCACAAAUCAAAUUAAUAAAAUUUGCAACUUGAUUGGUUAUUCUGCUAAAUAUUCUUUUGUUCUGAUAUUAAUUCGAUUAUGCAAAAAGACUUUAUGCGGAAAAAAAAAAUGCAAAGUUGCAUAUAUUUUUAUUUAUUUUAUUUAUUUAUUUUUCCGCCAAAAUUAAAAUGAUCCAACGUUUUAACGGUAAAAUUAAAACUGCUCAUGCUUCUGACGGAAAUUUUUUGCUCCACGAAAAAUUUUGUUGGAGGAAAAUUUCACCUUAACACGGUCUUCCGCGAAAGUAUUAAACGCGAAAAAUAAUCGGAAGAAGGUAUAUCUUUCACCAAAAGUAUCGUAAUAAAUAAAAUUUUGAAAUCCUUAAAAAUAUGUACGCAAACUUAUGUAACAAUAUAUAAAGGUGUACAAUAAAUAUAUACAUGAUUAUAUUAUAUAUAUAUAUAUAAGAAUAGUAACUAAAACCUUUUUUAUGAAUUGUUGUGUGGUAAUUUUUUCAUAUUUAUAACAUUGUGUAUCCAGUUUAAGUAAUAUCUCACGUCACUGUAUCCAUCCACCGAAGAUGGACAUGUAGUAGCGCCGAAAGAUAAAACACCGGCUAAA